CAAGGUUACUGUCAAAAAAAAAAAAAAAAAAACUCAAGUGGCAAGGUGGACGCCUGGAGCCCAGAGAAGGAAGGUCGGUGACUGAACUCAACUCAAGCUGCGGUCCGAAGGGCCGAUCAACCACCAAUGGUCCGCAAUUUCCCGGCUAGUUAAACUGCGAACGCCGUCACUCAGCUCUCUGAAGGAACCUCCCGCAUAGCUCACUGCUACUCAGCUCUCUGAAUUCGCGAACUCUUUUCUGGUUUGACCUAGCUCGCGUUUUGGGAGAACUCUUAUUUCGCUGGUAGGUGAUUCGAAAUGUUCUUCAUUUUGUGGCAAAGAAUGGGAUUCGGCGGUUGAAUUUUUGAAAUCGGAAUGCUGCAUUCUUGAAUCUUCAGAAUCUAGCUGUCCAUUUUGGGGUGGGAAUCGAGUUUGCAAAAUAGAUGAUCUCGAUCAGGAGAUAGGGUUUAGAGUUUAAACCAUGAAGGGUAACAGAAGGAGACGAGGUGUGAAAGGAAUCGACAGACUGAGUGACCUGCCAGACGGAAUUUUAUAUCACAUUCUCUCGUUCCUGGACAGCAAAUCUCUCGUCGGAAGCAGCAUUUUGUCCCGGAGGUGGAGAUGCGUCUGGAAAGAAGUUCCUGUUCUCAAUUUCGAUGGACGCUCGUUGUGGACGAAGCGGGAACGACAGGGUUUGGUGCGACAUGUCGACCAAGUUCUAUCCCACCGCUCCGACUGUAAUGUUUGCAAGAUUGGCAUAUUGUCUGAUACAGCUAUGAGUAUGCCUGAGAGGAUAUUCUCCGAUACAGCUAUGGGUAUGCUUGAUAGGGUGAUAAAAUAUGCAGCCUCUCAUGGUAUACAACAGUUAUCCCUUGAUGCCGACUUGCUACCCGGAGAUUUCGACUUGAUCUCUACUUGUUAUCAAUCCUUGAAAGUUUUGGAAUUACGGCAAUCACAGUUGGACAGCACUGCAUUUGGGUUGUUGUCCUGUUUGAAAAUGCUCGAUACGCUGACUAUAAGCAUCAGUUUCUUUGACCUUUCUGGUGUGGAAGCGCCGCAUGACCCUUUCGCUGCUUUUUCCAAAUUGGAAAACCUGAAACUAUUUGAUUGCUAUUCUAGUAGGGACGAGAAGGGGAUCUGCGUGUUGAAAAUAUCUGGGCUGCAACUGCUUACUCUGGAGAUACAUACAUCACAUUUUUCCACCUUAGAAGUAUUUGCUCCAAAGCUCGUGUCCUUCUGUUAUAGCGGAUGGAUUGAUAUUCAUAAUCAACCACCACAACUCUUCAAGUUGAACCUUCCUUCACUUCAUCAUGCAACGGUCAUCUUGGAGGGUUGCAAGUAUCUAUUUGCUGGGGAUUUCAGUGACGAUGAUCAGAAACAACUGGCGCUGAAGCAGUAUGUCAACUUGUUCCUUAGUUUGCAUAAUGUAGAGUCCCUCUGGUUGCAUCUUGAUACAAUUGAGCUGUUGACUCAGGUUUAUGACUUGGUGAAACAUCAACCUUCUCCUUUUAAGCGACUGAAGUCCUUGAGUUUGCUGUGUUCCAAGGGAUCUCCAUUCGUACCUUACAAAGUGAUCCGUUACUUACUUGAAGGCUCUCCUGAUGUAGAAAAUCAGUCUAUUAUGGUUGAACAGUUGCUUAGCCUGUCACAGUUGUAUCCUCUUGUACUCCAGCUUCAGCUUGUGCCUUUUGGCGGGAGUGGCACACUCGCACUCCGAUACUCCGCCCGACUAAGCGGUGCUCAGCAGCUUACCGACUAUUUCGAAGGUGAUCAAGCUUGCUCUGAAUCGACUCACUCUUCCGUGCACUCUCCACCAAGCUCCCUGCGACGCGCCGUCCAAUCUGCCAACUCGUCUCCUCCCCGAAAGAAGCAGGGAACUGAGGAACUAACUAGUGGUGGAACCAUGGAAGGAGUUGACAGAUUGAGCGUUCUUCCGGACGGUAUUCUUCAUCACAUUCUCUCGUCGCUGGACACCAAAUCUGUUGUCCAGACCAGUGUGUUGUCAAGCAGGUGGAGAUUGGUUUGGAAGCAAGUUUGCGUGCUUAAUUUCCGUAGAAGCUCGUUUAGUACCGACCUGGGAUUCGUGCGGCAUGUGAACCAAGUUCUAUCCUCCCGCUCCAACUGUGAUGUUUUCAAGAUUAGCACCGACUUUCGGAUCAUAACGAAUAUGGGUGUGUUCGGUAGGAUCAUGAAAUAUGCUGCCUCUCAUUGUAUUCAGGAGUUAUCCUUGCUUCGUAUCAUGGAAAACGAGUGGUACAGCGUGUUCUCCGAUGCUGUCGCCUUGAUCAGCGGUUGUUAUCAAUCUCUGAAAAUAUUGGAAUUGCAGCUAGCAUGUUUGGACAAGACUGCAUUUGAAAUGUUGUCUCGUCUGAUACUCCUCGAGACUCUGACGUUGCAUUCCUCCAACUUUGAGUUUGGUGGUAUGGAUGAACCGCAUGAUCCUUUUUCUAGUUUCCCCAAAUUGGAAAACUUGCAAGUACUCCACUGCGGUUCAGGCCACAUUUCAGCCAACGACGAUCCGAAAGGUUUAAUGAUAUCUGGACCUCGACUGCUGUUCUUGGAGAUACAUCAGUCAGCAUUUGACUAUGUCGAAAUAAUUGCUCCUAAGCUCAAAUCCUUUACUUAUUGGUCUGAUGUUCUUCCUCAUUUGCUACCGACAGAUGGGUCCAACUGGAACCUUCCUUCUCUCAAUCAUGCAACUAUCAACCUGUGGAGAACCAACGAUGCGGUUUUGUAUGGGUUGAAAUACGGGGUUUUCAAUGAGGAGCAGAUACAACUGCUACUAAAACAGUUUGUCGGCUUGUUCGAUAGUUUGCAUAAUGUAGAAUCUCUUAGCUUGCAUUUGGAUACCCUUGAGGGAGCCGAGGAACUAACUCGUGGCGACACAAUGGAAGGAAUUGACAGAUUGAGCGAUCUCCCAGACGGUAUUCUUCAUCACAUUCUCUCAUCCCUGGACACCAAGUCUAUUGUCCAGACCAGCGUGCUGUCAAGCAGGUGGAAGUUUGUGUGGAAGCAAGUUCGUGUUCUCAAUUUCCGCAGACGCUCGUUUGGGACUGACCUGGGAUUCAUGCAGCAUGUAGACCAAGUUCUAUCCUCCCGCUCGGACUGUGAUGUUCUCAAGAUUGGCACCGACGUUCAGAUUGGAAACAAUUUGGAUAUGUUUGGUAGGAUCAUGGAAUAUGCUUCCUCUCAUGGUGUUCAGCAGUUAUUCCUACUCCGUAUGGUUGAAAAGGGGUGGUACUUUUGGUUCGGGAAUUUUAUUGCCUCGAUCUGUGGUUGUUUUCGAACUCUGAAAGUCUUGGAAGUGCAGGGGGCAGAGUUGAACAGGGGUUCAUUUGAAAAGUUGUCAGGUCUGGAACUGCUUGAAAGUCUGACUUUGCGAUCCUCAAACUUUGCGUUCAGUGGUACGAAUGAACCACAGGAGGAUCCCUUUGCUAAUUUCCCCAGAUUGAAAGAACUGCAACUACUCCACUGUGUUAGAAACCGGCGGGUUGGGCCGGUUGGGUGA